ACCCCACUAAAAUAUAAUACCGUUUGGAGCCCGCACUCGGAAAUACCUGUUUGUUUUCGGACAAAUUAUUAAUUAAGCAACAGCAUCCAUAUUCCAUCCUCACCCAUUUUUUCAGCCAGUCUUCUCUUACUAAAUCUUAAGACUUCUCUCAGUCUCGCCCUUGCUUGCUUCUCGAUCUUGUUGUAUUUUCUGUUCAUUUGACCCAAGUACUGCUGUUGUAUAUCUGAUUCGCAUAUUUGAAGACUGAACCGCAACUUCAAAUUGACCAGAAACUCAGUAGGACACUAGGUUCAAUUGGAAAUGAGCAUACAAAGCCCUUCACCUCCUCAGUGGAAAUAUGAUGUCUUUGUGAGUUUUAGAGGCGAGGAUACUCGUAAGGCUUUUACAGACCAUUUAUUCACUGCAUUGGAUCAGCAAGGGAUCAUAACUUUCAGGGAUGAUCCUCAACUUCACAAAGGGGAAGCUAUUGCUCCAGCACUUUCUGCUGCAAUUGAAGAAUCAAGACUUGCCCUCAUUGUUCUCUCACAAAAUUAUGCAUCGUCAACAUGGUGCUUGAAUGAACUUAUAAGAAUUCUUGAAUGCAUGAGAGCAAGAAAAACGGUGCUGCCAAUUUUCUAUGAUGUUGAUCCCUCUGAUGUACGAAAGCAAACAGGGAGUUUUAUAGAAGCCUUCGCUAGUCACGAAGAAAGGUUUAGGGAUGACAAAGAGAAAGUGCAAAAGUGGAGACAUGCUUUAACAGAAGUGGCAAGUUUCGCUGGCUGGAAUUCAAAGGAAUGUUAUGAAUCAAAGCUCAUCAGAGAUAUUGUUCAAGUUAUAUGGAGAAAAUUGCAAACUACAUCAUUCAGAUAUGUAGAAAAUCUAGUUGGAAUUCACUCAAGAUUGCAACCUAGAUAUGAUGUCUUUUUGAGUUUUAGAGGCGAGGACACUCAACAGGCUUUUACAGACCAUUUAUACACUGAAUUGGAUCAUCGAGGAAUCAUAACUUUCAGGGAUGAUCCUGAACUUCACAAAGGGAAAGCUAAUUCUCCAGCAUUUUUGGCUGCAAUUGAAGAAUCAAGAUUUGCUCUCAUUGUUCUCUCGCAAAAGUAUGCAUCGUCAACAUGGUGCUUGGAUGAACUUGCAAGAAUUCUUGAAUGCAUGAAAGCAAGAAAAAAGGUGCUGCCAAUUUUCUAUGAUGUUGAUCCCUCUGAUGUACGAAAGCAAACAGGGAGUUUUGGGGAAGCCUUUGCUAAUCAUGAAGAAAGGUUUAGGGAUGACAAAGAGAAAGUGCAAAGGUGGAGAUACGCUUUAACAGAAGUGACAAGUUUCUCUGGGUGGAAUUCAAAAGAAUGGUGUGAAUCAGAGCUUAUUAGAGAGAUUGUUGAAGUUAUAUGGACAGAAUUGCAAUCUACAUCAUUCAGUUAUGCAAGAAAUCUAGUUGGAAUUUACUCAAGAGUACUGCAGCCACUCAAUUUGCUUUUAGGUGUAGGGGUGGAUGACGUCCGCUUCAUUGGGAUAUGGGGAAUGGGCGGAAUUGGUAAGACAACUAUGGUAAGAGCGGUGUAUGAGAGAAUCUCUCGUGAAUUUGAAUUAAGUUUCCUUCUUACCGAUGUUAGAGUCUCCGUCGAAAAAAGUGGUCUACUUAAUCUACAAAAGCAACUUCUCUCUGAAAUUUGGACAAAAAAGGCUGACAUAUCAGACCUUCAUGAAGGAGCCACCAUAAUAAGGAGGUUGUUAGGCCACAAAAAAGUCCUUCUCAUUCUCGAUGAUGUGAACCAUUCAAGCCAUUUAAAAUAUUUGGCAGGAAACCAAAAGUGGUUUGGUUCAGGGAGUAGAGUUCUUAUCACAACUAGAAAUGAGCAUUUGUUGAUCCAACAUGAAGUGGAGAGAAGAUUGAAGGUCGAGGAAUUCAAUGAUGAGCAUUCUCUUCAGCUUUUCAGCUGGAAAGCAUUCAAAAGACGUUACCCUGAAGAAGAUUUUCUUGAGUUGUCCAAAACUGUUAUAAAUUAUGCCAAAGGUCUCCCUUUAGCUCUUGAAGUACUGGGUUCUUUUAUGCAUGGAAGAGAUUUAAGCGAAUGGAACAGUGCAUUAAGAAAACUAGGAAGAAUCUGUAACUUGGAAAUUUUUGACAUACUUAAAACUAGCUAUGAUGAUCUAGAUGAUGGAGAUAAGAACAUAUUCCUAGACAUUUCAUGCUUCUUUUGUGGACAGAACAAACAUCGAGUAACAGAAGUACUGACAAGUUGCGGUGUUUCUGCAAUUGGAAUGAAAGUUCUUACCGAAAGAUCUCUCUUGACUGUUUCAUAUGGAAAACUAUUGAUGCACGAUUUGCUCCAAGAAACGGGUCGGGAAAUUGUCCGCAGAGAAUCUACUCACGAGCCAGGCAACCGCAGUAGGUUAUGGCUUCCUGAAGAUGUCAAGCAUGUCUUGACCAGAAAUACUGGAACAAGUGCAAUAGAAGGCAUUGUUCUGGACUCAAGUGAGCCUGGAGUAGAGAUGGACGUGCAUGCUAAAUCCUUUUCGAUGAUGUACAGAUUGAAAUACCUUGUCAUUAAGAAUGGGAACCUAUCAAAUGGGCUUGAAUGUCUUCCUAAUAGUUUACGGAUUCUUGAAUGGACGGGAUAUCCCUUGAAAACUCUCCCAUCACAUUUUAACCCUGAGAAGCUAGUAGAACUGAACAUGUGCCAUAGUUACAUUGAACAUUUUCCGUUGGGAAUAAAGCCUUUCUACAAUUUGAAAACCAUUAAACUCAGCAACUCUUUGAAUCUUGUCAACACCCCAAACUUUCAAGGUAUGCCAUAUCUUGAGCUUCUGUUUCUUGAUGGUUGUACAAGAUUGUAUGAGGUUGACCCAGGGAUUGAAAUGCUUGAAAAACUUACUUUGCUGAACUUGAAAGAUUGCAAGAAUCUCUUGCAUUUUGCAAGAAGUGUGCGUGGCUUAAAAUCUCUCAAAGUCCUUAAUCUUUCUGGUUGCUCAAAGCUUAAAAAUCUACCGGAUGACAUGGGUCAUUUAGGAAGUUUGGAGAAGCUUGAUGCCAGUAGAAGUGGCAUAAGAGAAGUGCCCUCCUGUAUUGGUUCUUUGAAAAACCUCAAAGAAUUAUCUCUUGCUGGAUGUAAAGCAGAGUCACCUAAAUCAUGGAAUAUGAUGUUCAACCCUUUUCAGUUUUUGCGAAAAAGAAGUUGGAUUCCAGCAGGAUUGUUAUUGCCUUCUUUAUCUGGUUUGCAUUCAGUAACUAAACUGGAUCUAAGUGACAGCAAUCUUUCUGAAGGAGCAAUCCCCAGUGAUUUUGGAUGCUUAGCCUCAUUGAGAAGUUUAAAUUUGAGCAAAAAUCAAUUUGUUACACUCCCCAAGAGCAUUGGCCAACUCGAUAGACUUAAAUAUCUUUACUUGCAUUGGUGCCGCAAGCUUCGGAAAUUACCAGAGCUUAAAUCUCAUGUAUGGGUAAACGUAAGCAACUGCUUUUCAUUAGAUACAUUGUCCAAUCCAAUAGGACAAACCAAUGCGGUGCUAGAAGCAACAUGUGUUAACUGUUUCAGAUUGGUGAAGAAUGAAAGAUGUAAGAGUACAGCACUUUCAUUGCUAACACGCUACCUAAAGAUUCAACAUCGUGGUUCUUCCGUACAUUUUAAAGAAGCUAGAUUUCAUUUUGUUGCUCCUGGAAAUGAAAUUCCAGAGUGGUACAAUUACCAAAGUUUGGGGUCUUCAAUAACUGUACAGCUGCAUCCAGGUUGGUUUAGUGGCAAGUUUAUGGGAUUCGCCUUGUGUGUUGUUUUUAGACCCCUGAAACCACUCCCGCCUUUGGCCGAGUGGUCCGUUAGUUGCUCAAUGAGGGUCAAUGGACAAUUCUUGGGGCCUUUUGGUAUAUUGUUUGGGGGAAAGUGGGGUCAACCUGUGUUGGAUCACAUUUGGUUCUUCUAUGUGCACCGUGAUGAAUACCAUAAACAAGUGUGGCAGGAUAUCACAUAUGAGCUUGUAUUCUCAUUUAAAUCCAUGUAUCAGGUGGAAAAAUUCGGUGAUGAAAUUGUGCAAGUGAAGAAAUGCGGGGUCCGUAUGAUAUAUGAGGGGGAUAUUGAGGAGUUUUGGGAAACAUUAUUGAAGCAGAGCAAUACCAAGCGAAGCCUUCAACACUACUAUGAUGAUGAUGAUGAUGAUGAUGAUGAUGCACCAUCUAGUAGUACUGCUACCGGUGCAAGUCAGGAACAGGAAGAAGAACCUCAUCCAAAAGGAUUUAAACGACUCGAGCUUUACGAAGCAGGGCCUAGUGACCAGAAACAUGGAGAAUUAUGUACUACAGAAGAAUCAUCCAACUCGGGAUAAGCAUAGAAAGUAUGAAUGGCAUUUAGAAACACCACCAGCUCCGCUUGUUUCCCGCGUUUCUUCAAUCCCUCGUAGUACAUCUUCUGCCAAUCCUGCAACGGAUCAAAUCCCCCAACAACCACAAUCGUCGCCGGAAAAUCU